AUGUCUUACUUUGAGACACGCUCUUCUGCUUCUUCUGAAAAAUCCACACCAUGCUCACCGGCAUUUAGUAUCUCUUCAGUGCACAGCACUCCCAUCUCUGAGAUCGACGAAUUUCAGUAUACCGGCUUGAUAGCAGCUAGUCUUCGUCGAUCAAGACAUGUGCUAGUUAUUGGCGGGCUUGGUUAUAUCGGCAGUCAUACAUCGUUGGAACUUCUUCGAGCAGGUUUCAGUGUUGUGAUUGUAGACAAUCUCGACAACUCAUACACGACGACACUGGACCGGAUCAAAACACUAAGAGACGACUACUACUCAGCCAGCCUGUUGAGCCCCUCUCUUAUGUUCCACGAAGCCGACUAUCGGGAUGUGGACGCCAUGUCUGCUAUUCUUCGUCAGUAUGGGGCUGGAUCACCCAGCUCGGCAAUUGAAGGCGUCAUCCACUUCGCUGCGUACAAGGCUGUACCCGAAAGCAUUCAACAGCCACUUAGGUAUUAUUCCAACAAUGUGUCUGGGAUGGUCACCUUCUGUACGCUAUUGGACAGUCUUGACAUCAAAACGCUGAUCUUUUCAUCGUCAGCGGCCGUUUAUGGAGAAGUGACAUCCGAAACUGGACUGCGCAUUAGCGAGAAUCAUUGUGUCCAUGAAACUCGUGAAUGGACCCGGACGGACGGGAAGACUCAAGUCACACACGGUGGCUGUACAGCAAUCUCCAAUCCCUAUGGCCGGACCAAAUGGAUGUGCGAAGCUAUUUUGAACGACUUGGCGAUAUCUGAUCCAUCGUGGCGUAUUGUGGCUUUGCGAUACUUCAACCCAAUUGGCUGCGAUACGUCCGGGAAGCUAGGGGAGGACCCGAAGACGGAACCGAGCAACCUCAUGCCUAGCUUACUGCGGGCCAUGGAUGGCCGGAUGCCACACCUCAGGAUAUUUGGCACGGAUUGGGAUACCAGAGACGGGACUGCGAUGCGAGAUUUCAUUCAUGUCAGCGAUCUGGCAUUGGGCCACGUUGCAGCCCUCAAAGCGGUCAGUAAGUCGCGGCUGCGAUGCGGGUCGCUCAAUACGUUCAACCUGGGCACGGGAGACGGCAAUUCGGUCAAGGAGAUUGUGUCAGCUAUGCAAACAUGUUCGGGAAGGGCUGUCCCCACAGUGGAGGUAGAGCGACGCGCUGGUGAUGUGGGGGUUGUUGUGGCGGACCCCACGAGGGCAGCUGAAGAACUUCAGUGGAAGACGGAACGGUCGAUCGAUGAUUGUUGCAGGGAUCUCUGCAGAUUUCUCCAACUUGACGAUUGCGGAGUAAAGCCACAGUGUGGUUGA